AUGGAGACAGAGGUAUCCAGAGAGAUCUCCCAGAACGAUGCCUUGGAGGUCAUAGAAGCAAAUGUGUUUUCCAACCUUCCAAAACUACAUGAAAUAAGAAUUGAGAAGGCAAACAACCUUGUGUACAUUGAUCAAGAUGCCUUCCAACACCUUCCAAGCCUCAGAUAUUUGUUAAUAUCAAACACUGGUCUUCGGUUUUUACCUGCUGUCCAUAAGGUGCACUCUUUUUUUAAAGUUUUACUAGAUAUCCAAGACAAUAUCAAUAUACGUACAAUUGAAAGAAAUUCGUUCACGGGCCUGAGUUCUGAAAGUGUGAUUCUAUGGCUGAAUAAAAAUGGGAUUCGGGAAAUUGAGAAUCAUGCAUUUAAUGGAACAUACCUGGAUGAACUAAAUCUAAGUGAUAAUCACAACUUAGAAAAAUUGCCAAAUGAGGUCUUCCAAGGAGCCAAUGGGCCGGUUGUUUUGUAA